GAAGAAAUGCAUAUUGAACUAAGAGAAAGGAAAAUGGAAGCACAAGAACCAAAUCACAAGCCCAUUUCAGAAGAAGCUCUACGUAUCCUUGAGGAAUUACGGUGGAAGGCAUUAGAUUUUGCAGCUCUUAGACAAAGCUCUAUGUCUUUUUUUGACAUUGGAAAGACAGAGACAACGGUUUCACGCUGGGCACGGGCAAAGACCAUGGCUUCAAAGGUUGGAAAAGGCUUGUUGAAGGAUGAGAAAGCUCAAACAUUAUAUAUUAAGAACUGGUUAGAAGCUAUUGACCCACGCCACCGCUAUGGUCUCAACUUACAUCGUUAUUACGAUGUAUGGUACAAUACCGAAAGCUCACAACCAUUCUUCUACUGGCUAGAUAUUGGUGAAGGAAAAGAAGUUAACGCCGAGAAAUGUUCAAGGAGUGAUCUACAGUCCCAAUGCAUCACGUAUCUUGGACCAAAAGAGAGGGAAGCAUACGAAGUAACUCUGGAAAUUGGAAAGCUAAUUUAUAAGAAAACAGGUUCUUCUGUCGACACUAAUGUUGAGGGUACACAAUGGAUAUUUGUGCUCAGCACCUCAAGGACGUUAUACGUUGGACAAAAGCAAAAAGGCAAUUUUCACCACUCAAGUUUUCUAGCUGGAGGUGCUUCUCUUGCAUCUGGAAGAUUGGUUGUCUCUAGUGGGGAGCUCGAGGCUAUUUGGUCAUACAGUGGUCAUUAUAGACCAACAGAAGAGCAUUUUGAGGAAUUAAUAAGCUUUCUUAAGGAGCACCAUGUUGACUUGAGCAAUGUUAAGAAAUACGCAAUAGAUGAUGAUAUCCCUCCGGGGAUCGCCACAACCGACAACGACAAGCUAAAAGUCUCAAGCUUUACAAAUGAAACAAAAGAUGAUUGCACCAAAAUUUCCACUAAUGAAACCAUUCCACGUGCUGCCUAGCCCAAGGAUCAAAUUAACUAAGUAGCUGCAAAUAAAAAAUAUUUUUGACUAAUCUAAUUUAAAAAAGAAAAAGAAAAAGAAAAAGCAUAAAAUAAAAAUUUUAAUAUAGGUCGCCAGUUGCAAAAGCGACCUACAUUUUGGAAGUUCUGCAAUGUUUUUUAUUAGGUCGCCAUUAAUGUAUCUCACCUUCUAGCUCCGCCCCUAAUUACAGAGUUGCUGCAAAGAAAAAUGCAAGCAACUU